AUGAUCCGUUUACCACCGGUUGAGAUAAAUGCACAAGCCGAUCCAGGUUGGGGCACACCUUCAACGGAUAGGAUAUUGAAGACCGCAGGUUGGUUUGACGACCUUGGCCCCAUUCCGUUGGCUUAG